AUAUAAAAAAUAUCAUGAAAAUCUAGAAAGUUCGGGGCAAUCCGUAAAAAUGGGCAGCAAAAAUAUAGUUUCAGACACUUGUAAGAUUCUUUGCUCCCCAAAAUUUGUAUUUCUCAUUUCAUCUCUCUAAAAUCACAGGGUGAGAAUUUAUAUUGAAUAUAUGUAUUAAAAAUGGGUCUUGAUGAGAUAUUUGGGGAGUCAAGACCUGUAAUUCAUCCAACAAAGAGUGCAAUUUAUGUUUGGGGGUAUAACCAAUCUGGCCAAACAGGGCGUAAAGGUAAAGAAAGGAAUUUGAGGAUUCCUAAGCAACUGCCUCCCAAGCUUUUUGGGUGUCCUUCAGGUGUUAAUUCUAGAUGGCUUGAUGUUGCUUGUGGCCGUGAGCAUACUGCGGCUGUGGCUUCCGAUGGCUCUCUUUAUACUUGGGGAGGAAAUGACUUUGGUCAGUUGGGGGACGGAACAGAGAACCCCAGAAAGCACCCUAAGAAGGUGAAGCAUUUGCAGACUGAAAUUGUAAAAUCUGUAUCCUGUGGCGCACAUUGUACUGCUGCUAUUGCAGAACCCAGGGAUAAUGAUGGAACCAUUUCAACCAGACGACUUUGGGUUUGGGGGCAAAAUCAGGGUUCUAAUUAUCCGCGUUUAUAUUGGGGAGCAUUUACUGCAGACACGGUGAUCCGUCAAGUAGCUUGUGGGGCUGUUCAUGUUGUGGCAUUAUCUGAGGAUGGCCUGCUACAGGCUUGGGGCUAUAAUGAAUUUGGUCAGCUUGGCAGAGGUGUUACUUGUGAAGGCCUUCAGGGGGCUCGUGUUAUAAAGGCAUAUGCAAAGUUCCUUGACGAAGCCCCUGAGCUUGUGAAGAUUACCCAAGUGUCAUGCGGGGAGUAUCACUCUGCUGCUAUAUCUGAUAAUGGCGAGGUUUAUACAUGGGGUCUAGGAAAUAUGGGUCAACUUGGGCAUUGUUCUCUCCAGUCCGGGGAUAAAGAACUACUGCCAAGGCGUGUGGUAGCACUUGAUGGAAUAUUCAUAAAAGAUAUUGCCUGUGGUGGUGUACAUACCUGUGCUUCGACUUGGAAAGGUGCUCUCUAUGUUUGGGGUAGUAGUCGGGCUGGGCAACUAGGUCUUGGGCCUCAAACUGGAUUAUUUUCAUGUGUCCCUAAUGAUUCUCCAACUUUACUCCGCAACAUACCUGUAUUGGCUAUCCCAUCUGGAGUGGAACAUGUUGCAUGUGGACAUUCACACACACUUAUUUCUACUAGAGAUGGAAGAAUUCACGGUUGGGGUUAUAACAGUUAUGGCCAAGCUGCUAAUGAGCACUGUACAUAUGCUUGGUAUCCAUCACCAGUUGAUUGGUGUGUUGGGGAAAUACGGAAAAUAGCAGCUGGAGGUGGUCAUUCUGCAGUUUUAACAGAUGCAUAUUCCUUGAAGGAGUUGUGUGAAUUCAGGCUUGCAGAAGGUGUGACACUAUCAAAUGCUUCUCAGAUUGUGGAUGUGGCGUCGAGAACCGGAUCUGAUGCUUUGGCACGCCUCUGUGAAAGAUUAAGGGAACAUAUGCUUGAUGGUGGUGACUGCAUAUAUGAAGAUGAUGAAUUUGGUGACUGAAGGUACUUAGGAAAUGCAAAUUGCUUUCUAUCCCAUUGUUGUAACAUUAAUUUAUAGUUGCUAGGCAAACCCAUAGGAGUGCGCUGUAUUUAGUAGAAUGGGGAACCUCUUGUAUAUGCGGUUAUUAAUUUCAUGAGCAAAAAUAUUGUUCAGAAAAAAUUUGCAGUCAUAUUCAGAUAAAUUUUAUGUAAAGCUAUAUAACAUACAUGUAACAUUAUAGAUUCAACACCCACUACGGGCAAAAAAUAAAACCGUAAAUUUCUGUU